AUGAUUCCGUCUUAUGUUUUCAGUGUUGCCUCAUUAAUUCUCCUUAAAGUUAUUUGGAGAUGUCCCAAACCAGACUGGCUCCUCAUCAAAGCUGCUUCAUGCCUAGAAAAUAGAACCUCUAAUCCGAACUUAACCAAUGUGUUCUCACAUAUGAGCCUCAGGUCUAUAGGUAUCGAGCUGAGCUCUGUUUCAGACCAGACGGAUGAAGCUGUCUUUGUUGCUUUUGAUAUGGAGAUGGCUAAGUUAACCAACAUUCAAGCUGCUGAAUCUACCCAUAUUUUGGGUGUGGGUGCCAAUGCUCAUGUGAACAACAAACUCCCAGAGUUGAUUGCUGAUAUUGUUGGCAAGACCUUCGUCUUCCAACUCAAGUUAGUAGAGUUCAAUUUUACUUCCAAACACCAAACCUUCACUAUUUCCAGUAUCAAUUCUGAGCGUCAGGAUUCACCUCUCCCAGAAUUUAAUAAUAUUCAUGAGCAUUACUGGAUUCUGAACAGGGAGGUGACCAUGGUACUAAUGAUGAUAUGCCUAGAGAGAAUUCAGUUGCAUAUAUGA